GGUAGCUAGGAAGUGAACACAAGCAGAAGGUUCACAGCGAGUGAAUUAUCAUUUUCAUACACGUGUGUGUUUAUUGUUGUAGAUUAGACUCGGUGUGGAGGAUAAAUCACUAACAUGGGGAGUGAUGAGGAGAAGUAUGACGGGAUGCUGCUUGUUAUGGCACAGCAGCACGAAGGAGGAGUACAAGAGUUGGUGAACACAUUCUUCAGCUUCCUCCGAAGAAAAACAGACUUUUUUACAGGAGGAGAUCCUGGAGCUCCUGAGAAGCUGGUGAAGGAGGCUUUCGCUCAUCACAGUCAGCUGGCCCUCAACGAACGGAAGGAGAAGCAGUCCAGGCAGGAGAAGGAGAAGAAGGAGAAGGCGGAAAGAGCCGCCGCGCUCAAGGCCGAGGAGGAGAGGAAGAGGAAGGAGGCUGAGGGCGAGCCCAGGAUCAGAGAGCUUACAGACGAGGAGGCUGAGAGGCUGCAGACAGAGAUAGACCAGAAGAAAGACAAGGAGGAGGGGAAAGAGAACGUGUCUGAGAGCAGCACAGAAGAUGCGGCGCGUAAGCCGUCUGACACGGAAGCAGAUGAGGGAGAGGAGGACGAAAAGGAUAAGGACAAGAUGAAGCCUAACGCUGGGAACGGAGCGGACCUGCCCAACUACAGGUGGACGCAGACCCUGUGUGAGGUGGACCUCAUAGUGCCGUUCGACGUGAAGUUCCGUCUGAAGGGGAAGGACGUGCUGGUGGAAGUCCAAAGACGGCAUCUAAAGCUGGGUUUAAAGGGCCACCCCGCUGUGAUCGACGCCCCGCUGUUUAACGAGGUGAAGGUGGAGGAGAGCUCCUGGCUGAUCGAAGACGGCAAAGUAGUGACGCUGCACCUGGAGAAGAUUAAUAAAAUGGAGUGGUGGAACAAGUUGGUGACCACGGACCCCGAAAUCAACACCAAGAAAAUCUGCCCCGAGAACUCAAAGCUUUCUGAUCUGGAUGGUGAAACGCGCAGCAUGGUGGAGAAGAUGAUGUACGACCAGAGACAGAAGUCCAUGGGCCUCCCCACCUCUGAGGAGCAGAAGAAGCAGGACAUCCUCAAGAAGUUCAUGGAGCAGCAUCCUGAAAUGGAUUUCUCCAAAGCCAAGUUCAGCUGAGAUCCCCAGCACUUCACCCAGAACGUUCUACACUUCUGUCCACCGAUCCGCGUUCUGCUCCUUUACCACACAGCGAGAAACCUCCUCCUGAAUGAGUUCCAAAUAUUUAAGCAGUGUUUACACUUUUUAUAAAUAAAUAAAUUCAAACCCCACGACUUGCAAUCUGA